AUGCCUCGAUGGACAGACUGGUUUGACGACAGACUGAACAGUGUCGUAAAGCUGGUCGGCAAAGACAAGGCAGGACCUAAGAGUCGUGAUGCUUUGCAUCCGGAUUUUCAAUUAUGGCAGGAUAGUUAGGUUGUACGUCAGUAUGAUCCAUCUAUUUUCAUGUCCUUGCCGUAGUUAAUAGGGAGCCUUGUUGAUGUAGUAGCUGCAUUCAUGUAGCGGCGUGCGCAUAGGUUUCAUUUUCUGAAUCGGAUAGUGUUGAUUCUUUGAUAUCCAACCCCAUCCUUCGGCUCUAAUCUGCACAGGACCCAGUGGAAAAUGGAAGCAUUGGUUGCCAAAACAUGGUAAACGAUAAUCUGAAAUUCGCUAAAAAGAGAUCAAAAGUGAGAGAACACCGACAUCCCUUUACCCUUUAACAUCAAGUCUGCCACUGAAGAGUAGGG